CCUUCCUUUGCGUUUUACCGGUGCUUCGCGUCAGUGUAAGGUGCGUCGUGAGAGAAGCUGGGAAGUCCUCUUUGUUCCCUCUUUCCUCCGUUGAGAGAGCCCGACUGAUUGAAGGUCGGUAUGACAGAGAGGGAAGGGAAUGGGAUUGGGAGGAUAGGCAGGGAGGAAGAGCACUGGCACAUGAAACCAAAUUAGCGGUUGAUCAUUCCCUGUUGUGCUGGAUUCCGCCUGAUCUCGUCCUGCGUGUGUGCUGUGUGUUGUGGCCCAGAGCAUGUCGGCCCCUCCCGCCCCUCCCGCAGCCGCCGCCGUCAAGGAUGUGUACGAGUACAUCCCGGAACCAAAGCCAGCCCCUGGCACAACCGGUCAGUCACUCAGUCAGUCGAGCCAUGCAUUCGUUGUGUGUCCGAGUGGGCAUGCAUCCCUCUCUGUGUCUGUGUGUCUGCAUGCAGGCGUGCCGAAUGUGCCGUCGUCAGGGCUGGGCUACACUCUGCGUGGCGCGGGAGCUCGCGAGAAGGACAGGGACAAGGAGGAACUCGACGUCGGUACGCCAACCGAAACCGCGCGCGAUUGUCCAUUAUGGGCGCGUCAUUCAUGCACCAUUCAGCGUCGUUGAAGCCCGAAAAGGCGUACGAGACGUUUAAGGGCAAGAAGUAUGAGGUCACCAUUCCCCAGGCGGGAGCCAUGGGCACAUUCCUGAGACAGCAGCCAAGGUGUGCGUACACCCACACACCAGAUAUAGCCACAUGAAUGCACGUGUGUGUGUAUGUGUUGUAGGAGUGAGUAUGAGAGUGUGGGCGGGCUGGGUGGUGCGCUCAAGGACUUCGAAACGCCGCUGCAGAGGACACAGAGACUGCAGGCUGAGGUAUGCCCGACCCCCACCCACAUGCAGCUCCAUGCCUUUCCCACGUUCAUCCCCCUUGUGUGUGUGCAGGUGUCCGAGUUGCUCGAGUACGUCACGAACGAGAUCAACCUCGGCCGCGGCAACGAGCUGAGGGCGCUCUUCGAGGGAGCGGGGGACCCUGCCGCCAUCAAGGUACAUAGAUCGCCCCACCACACAAUCGGUGUAUGCACUCUGUUUGACUGUGUAUUGGCUCAGGAGGAGUUGAAGACUCUGGAGGGGCAGCUGUCGACCCUGCUCAACGACGAAAAAGUCAGUCAGCCGAGACGAAAAAAAGAGAACACACACAAACCGAAAAACGCGACAAUAUGUGCUUGAGCCGGUCCGUGUAUGUGUGUAUCUGUGUAUGCGCGUGCGUGACCAGGUGAAGGCUGAGCUGAUCGGCAGCAGUGACCCCAGCUACAAACUGCCUGCCGUGAGGCAACACACGCACAACCACAACCACAACCACUUCACAUACGUGUGUGUAUGUGUGUGUGUGUGUGUGUAGGGUGAGGCCGACCUGUUCAACAGCGUCAUGCAGCAGCUCAGCGCACUCAAGACCACUUCUGCCGCCACAGCCGACAAAGACAAAGAGAAGAAGAAGGACGGUGAGGGACAAUGCACUGACACACACACGGGUGCUCUCAUGCACGUCACGGCUGUGUGUCUGUGUGUGUAGGUGAGAGCCGGAUGGUGUAUGAGGUGUACUACGACCCCAACGAGCGGCCGCUGGUUGAAACAAGCAAACUGAUCGGGUGGGUCGAAUAAGAGGGAGUAUCUCGCAGAUGCACGGAUGGCCGGCCAUGCGUCCAUCUGUGUGUGGGGUGGUGGUGCAUGUGCAUCCAUCUGUGUGACACUCACGAUCAGGUUGGAGAGUCGUUUGUCCGAGUUGGAGAAGCAGAUCGGGGUGGAGGCACAGUCGCAACUGCCCUUCCCAGACGUACAGGUAGGUACGCAUAGAUCCAUCCCAUACCCACCAGCCUGUUCGUGUGAAGUGUGUGCGCGCGGGCGUGUGUGCGUGUGUGCGUGUGUGUGUAUCAGAGCGGCAUCUACGACCUGAAUGAGCGGCUGAGUCUGCUCGACGCCAACAAACUCGACGCCAUCGGCAGACGCACACAGGUACGCAGAGGCGGACGCCACACACACACACACACAUUGCUUUCAUGUAUGCGUCGUGUGUGUGCAGGCGCUGAUGAGUGAGCUUGAGAUGGUGUUGCGGAAGAAGGCCGAGAUCACCAGCGCCGCGCUGACGGACGACGACCAAAAGGUACUUGCUGCCAUGGCGGCACACCUGCCUGCAUCUGAUAUGAUAUGUAUGUCGGCGUGUUGGUGCCUGUCUCGGUGUGUGUGUGCAGGUGCAGGAGCUGUUCCUCAUGAGCCAGCGGUGGAAGAUUGCCACGUGAGCCAAUGCAUCCUGUCUGUGUGAUUGCGCGCGCGCCCUCUGUACGUGUUGAUUGCGGGGGUGCGUGUGUGUGUGUGUGUGUAGUGCUGGUCUGCCGUAUAUCGUAGUCCGGCUGAAGUCGCUCAAGGCCCUGCACCAACACUCGGGAUCAUUCGCCACACGCAUUUCAGGUGAGUCGGGUCGGUCGCCGCACAUGCGUACGAACAGCCGACCUGUGUGCAUGUGUGUGUGUGCAUGUGUGUGUGUGGUUGUGUGUGUAGUGUUGGAGUCGAACCAGACUGAGCUGCAGAAGCAGCUGGACGCCACGUCGGCCGCACUCACCACUGUCAGCAAAUCCCUCCAGGUACACACACACACACACACACACACGCACGCACAGAGAGAGAGAGAGAGAGGGAGGGACAGAGGGAGAGCGGGAGAGAGAGCGACUAGACACACACGGGAGACAUCCCCCCCCUCGUGUGUGUGUGUGUGUGUUGCUAGGAUUCGCUCAAGACCUUCACCGAGAACAUCGACAAAAUGCACACCAGGAUCGCAGAGCUGCAGAAGAAGAAGUGAACGAAUGACGCCCCCACCCUGCCACUCACCCCCUUCCCCCCCAAUCUCUCUCUCUCCAGAUGAUCCAACAGGGCGUCUGACUUGUUGCUGCGUCAGGGAGAGAGCCGGAUGGAGCGGUUGGUUGGUUGCUCGUUGCUGGUUGGCUGGAUAGUGAGUAAGG